CGCCGUAUACGUAAUGAUGUCACAACAAGAAGAUGCUGGAUAGCCUCGAGUCGGAGGCCAUGGGCAACUAGCAAUAGCGAAAAUGUCGAAGUGGCACAAUUAGGGAGAUUUGUCAGAUUUACUCUUGCAGGGAGCGAGAAUACUUUCACCUGCUCAAGGAAGAGUUGUGUUUAAACUGUAGAUAGACACAACACUGGAUAUUGUAGAUUUCCCAGACUCCAGUGGUCACCAUGGCGACAGACAUCGGUUCCCCGCCACGGUUCUUCCAUAUGCCUCGGUUUCAGCACCAGGCUCCACGGCAGCUUUUCUACAAGCGGCCAGAUUUUGCCCAGCAGCAGGCCAUGCAGCAGCUGACAUUCGAUGGCAAGCGCAUGAGGAAGGCUGUCAACCGCAAGACCAUCGACUACAACCCCUCCGUUAUCAGAUACCUCGAGAAUCGGCUGUGGCAACGUGACCAUAGAGAUUUCCGUGCAAUUCAGCCAGAUGCAGGUUGUUACAAUGAUCUUGUGCCCCCCAUGGGUAUGCUAAACAACCCCAUGAACGCAGUCACUACAAAGUUUGUCAGAACCUCAACCAACAAAGUGAAAUGCCCGGUCUUUGUUGUGCGGUGGACCCCUGAGGGCAGACGAUUGGUCACAGGGGCCUCCAGUGGGGAGUUCACUUUGUGGAACGGCCUCACCUUUAACUUUGAGACCAUUUUACAGGCACAUGACACUCCCGUAAGGGCCAUGACCUGGUCUCAUAACGACAUGUGGAUGCUGACUGCAGACCACGGCGGCUACAUCAAGUACUGGCAGUCCAACAUGAACAACGUCAAGAUGUUCCAGGCCCACAAGGAGGCGAUUAGAGAGGCCAGUUUCUCACCCACGGAUAAUAAAUUUGCCACUUGCUCUGAUGACGGAACUGUGCGCAUCUGGGACUUUCUCCGCUGUCAUGAAGAGAGGAUUCUUAGAGGUCACGGUGCAGAUGUGAAGUGUGUGGACUGGCAUCCCACCAAGGGGCUGGUGGUAUCCGGAAGCAAAGACAGCCAACAGCCCAUCAAAUUUUGGGACCCAAAGACGGGGCAGAGUUUGGCCACGCUUCACGCCCACAAGAACACCGUGAUGGAGGUGAAGUGGAACCAAAACGGCAACUGGCUUUUGACGGCGUCGCGUGACCACCUGUGCAAGCUUUUCGACAUUCGGAACCUGAAAGAGGAGCUGCAGGUCUUCAGAGGCCACAAAAAAGAGGCCACAGCUGUGGCCUGGCACCCUGUUCAUGAGGGAAUGUUUGCUAGUGGGGGCUCAGAUGGAUCCCUGCUCUUCUGGAAUGCAGGGGUUGAGAAGGAAGUUGGUGGCAUGGAGAUGGCACAUGAGGGCAUGAUCUGGAGUCUCGCCUGGCACCCACUUGGUCACAUCCUGUGCUCUGGUUCCAACGACCAUACAAGCAAAUUUUGGACCAGAAAUCGCCCAGGAGACAAAAUGCGCGACCGGUACAAUCUGAACCUGUUACCAGGGAUGUCAGAGGAUGGCGUGGAAUACGAUGACAAUGAACCCAACAGCUUGGCUGCCAUCCCUGGCAUGGGAAUCCCAGAGCAGCUGAAAGUGGCCAUGGAACAGGAGCAGACUAAUAAAGAACCAGCAGCUGAGGCAGAGAUGACAAUCCCAGGGCUGGACUGGGGAAUGGAGGACCUCAUGCAGAAGGACCUGAAGAAAGUUCCACAGAAGAAAGUGCCCUACGCCAAACCUAUCCCAGCCCAGUUUCAACAGGCCUGGUCAGAGAACAAGGUGCCUGCCCUCCCCACUCCUGAGAUGCCAAAAGAAAGGAAGGAUGAGAAGAAGGUAGAUGGAAAAAAGAAGACCCAGGCAGAAAUAGAGCAGGAAAUGGCUGCUCUACAGUACACUAACCCAAUGCUGCUGGAGCAACUGAAGAUUGAACGGAUGGCUCAGCUACAGUCCGAGCAGGGCAUGCCUCCCCCUGGUGGUCAACCUGGGGCAAUGCCCCCUUUCCCCGGCCAGGGAGGACCGAUGCCACCACCUCCCCAAGGCUUUCCCCAGAACAUGCCCCCACAGCAGAUGCCCCCACCCAACAUGCCCCCCAUGGGUCCAGGGGGAAUGCAGGGUCCCUUCAUGCCGCAGGGCCCCAACAUGGGGCCUCCAGGGCCACAGGGCCCUCCGCAGGGCAUGAUGGGACCUCCAGACUUUCAUGGCCCCCAGGGCAUGCAGAGGCAUCCGGGGCCCCCCAGGAACAUGGGCCCUCAGGGGCCCCACGGCAUGCCUCCCGGCCCGCGGGGGAUGCAGGGGCCUCCCCCCGGUGGGAUGCAGGGCCCGCCUGGUGGCAUGAUGCCUCCACGGGGCAUGGGGCCCCGAGACAGUCAGGGGCCACCACAGGGAGGCAUGAUGCACCAGGACAUGCGGGGCCCAGCGCCCCACGGUAACAUGAUGGGCGGCAUGAUGGGGCCUCCAAUGGCCAGUCCACCCAGGACUCAUGGCAACAUGCCCGGCCCAGGAAUGGGCAACAUGCAUGGCAUGGGCAACAUGCCAGGACCUCCCCCUGGGGGAAUGCAUGGACAGGGACCUCCAGGUCACAUGCAGGGACCCCCUGGGAAUAUGCAGGGCCCUCCCGGGAACAUGCAAGGACCUCCUGGAAACAUGCAGGGCCCACCCCCAUACAUGCAGCAGGGUAAACCAGGACAGUUCAAUCAGGGAGGACAGAAUCCCGGUCCACAGUCAAUGAUGCAUGGAAUGGCACAGCAAGGACCCAAUGGAGAUGGUUCCCGGGGGCCUCCCAACCACCACUUGGGUCCGCCGCCUGAUCGCCAGGGCCCCGGAGGCCCAGGGGGUCCUGGCCACGGCCCUGAUGGAGGGGGCCCGUACUGGGGAGACUCCAGGGAGGGCCGGCGCGGCCCACCCGAGUUUGAGGGCUCCGACGGCGGCUUCCACGGGCGCGGUGCGGACGAGGGUUGGAGGAGAGGGGGUUCUGAGUACCAGGGCGACCCCAGGAGUCACCGCGGGGGAGCCUCGGGUAACUGGGAGGGCCAGGAGAGGUACCAGCGCGACGGCGAGUUCAGGGGUCACGACAGGUUUGAUGUCUAUGAGGGCCCUGGGGAAGAGUUUGAGCCGAGAAGGAGAGGCAGAGAUGACGGGUUCCGGCGGGGAGGACCAGGAGGCCCCCAGGGGCGCGGUGGCCGGGGCUUCCCUGAAGAGUACGGAGGCGAGGAGGGCUUCGAAGCCCAGGAGGACGUUGGCCAGGGCUGGGAGAGUCGAGGACGAGGUCGGCCACGCGGAGGAGGACCACCCCGCGGAGGAGGUGGAAGGAAGGGCUUGCUCCCCACCCCUGACGAGUAUCCCCCUCACUAUGAGGGAGGAAGAAACCAAGAGGGCUGGGAAGGGGGUAGAGACCCAGGUCAUGAGGGCUACAGAGACGGGCCACGUCAGGAUCACCACGACAGCCCAUCGCCUGCUGGCCGAGAGCGCUCUGGCUCUCUGCAGGGCAUGGAUAUGGCGUCCCUGCCACCACGAAAGCGUCCGUGGCAUGACGGCCCGGGCUCCAACGAGCAGGACUCUCCCGGGGCCGGGCCAGAGGACCGAGGAGCAGGUCGACCGCCCCCACGAGAAGAGGGUGGCUACGGACCCCCGGGGCGAGGGGGCCGAGGAGGCUGGGGCCGGGGAGGCGGCUCAGACAGGGGCGGAGGCGGCCCCGGCUCGGGACCAACCACACGCCGCGGGUCCAUGCGGGGCGGCCGCGGUCGAUAGGACGGCGAGAGCCCGGGGCCCCUGAGGACGGAGGAGUGGACGGCGCUGAGAGGAGCCCGCAAGACUCCCGGACACCACAGACGCCCAGGGCUCUGACCACGGGUAGGAGAAAGGGUGUUUAUUGGACAUAUGACGUUUCCCUUUCCCCGGCAACGUGAUGGGCGUGGCCCUAACUUUUCACUCUGGCCGGUUCCUCACGUGAGGUGAUGGGUGUGUCGGACUGCUGGGCUCCUUGGGCCUACUCGUGGUGACUGAAUGAAGUGAAAAGCUGAAGUCCACUGCUCUCUCAGAGAGGAGUGGAUGUCUGCCACAGACCUCUGGACAAUGUGCACCCCUCACUCUAGCUGUUGGACUGAUGGCUCCAUGUCCUUUUGUUUGUCUUUCUUUUUUUUUUUUCUUUUCUGUGUGCGUGUAUGGGUUUUUCAGCUGGUUGGUUAUGGAUGAGUGAGCCUAAAUGGUGUGGUGCUCUGAUGUCGGUCAGUCACACAAUGGGUUCUUUCGUGUCAGAACUUUGUGUAUGAUGCAGAGCACGGCACAGCUCACGUGCCAGUCACUGUUCAACGUGCCCCCACCGGCUGCCGGCUGACUGGUGCUCUAACCCAGCCACCUUCUCCUUGGACUGAUGUGGACCCUUCAGACCUCCAUCUCUGGCCCGAGCCAUGUCCGUCCAGAGGAAAAAUGACUUCCAGGCUGAACAUGAAAUGAAAAUUCUGAAAACGGCCUCUAGCCACUCUGUCCCAGCUGGGGACUCUGUUCAAAUUUUCCUUUUUGUGUAAAAUAAUGGAACAAAAUUAUUCUGUAACAUUACCAGGCCACUCAUGAGAAUCGAGGCUGCUGGCUUUGUUUCUAAAUGUACAGUUUGUCAAGAGAUUGUCAUCGUUUUUUUGUAUGAGACAAUAGAAUUUGUGCAAAAUUUGUAUAAAUUCAUCAGUCUGGUUUUUUGUUGUGUGUAUGUCACCAGAUAAAAAUGGUAAUGUUUCAUCAUU